CAAGCCACAGCAGUGUCCUCUUCUGCAGGAUGCUUGUCACCCUGCUAGUGGACUUCUUCCGGUCUGGGCUCAACCUGGUGCCCCGUGAACAUCGCAGGAAUCUGGUUGCCGUGUUUGCCUAGCGCAAGGCUUGAAGAGCCUUCUUCCCUUGGCUGUGCCCUGUUCCCGCCUGGCCCGCACCCCCACCACUUCCUGUUGCUUACCUGCUCAGCAUCCCAUGUCUUGUGCACCACGUCCUUCAUCCUUUCCUCUGUAGACUCCAUCUUUAGGAGGGCAGGGCCCUUACCUGUCUGACCACUGGAUCCACAGCAAGAGCAUGGCAGAGAGUAGGAGCUCAACAUGUCCUCCCCAGUAGCUGGGAUCAUAGGUGCGCAGCCCUGCGGCUGGCUGAACAGUCAGUUUAACACGUGCAGAAAUAGCCGUCAUGACCACAGCCCAGCGGCGCCUGGUUCGAGAUGGGGUCCCAGGUCUCUGUGGACACAGGAGCUCUGCAUGUGGUGGUCGUGGGCGGGGGCUUCGGUGGCAUUGCAGCUGCCAGCCAGCUGCAGGCGCUGAACAUCCCCUUCACGCUGGUGGACAUGAAGGACUCCUUCCACCACAACGUGGCCGCCCUCCGGGCCUCUGUGGAGAAUGGGUUCGCCAAAAAGACUUUCAUUUCAUAUUCUAUGACCUUCAAGGACAACUUCCGGCAAGGCCAGGUGGUCGGGAUAGACCUGAAGAAUCAGACGGUGCUGCUGCAGGGUGGCGAGGCCCUGCCUUUCUCACAUCUCAUCCUGGCCACUGGCAGCACCGGGCCCUUCCCUGGCAAGUUUAAUAAGGUUUGCUGCCAGCAGGCCUCCAUCCAGGCCUAUGAAGACAUGGUGACACAGGUCCAGCGCUCAGAGUUCGUCGUGGUGGUGGGAGGAGGCUCCGCCGGAGUGGAGAUGGCGGCCGAGAUCAAAACAGACUACCCAGAGAAAGGGGUCACUCUCAUUCACUCCCAAGUAGCCCUGGCCGAUAAGGAGCUCCUGCCCUGUGUGCGGCAGGAAGUAAAAGAGAUCCUCCUCCGGAAGGGCGUGCAUCUGCUGCUGAGUGAGCGGGUGAGCAACCUGGAGGAGCUGCCUCUUAACGAGUAUCGGGACUACAUCAAAGUGCAGACGGACAAGGGCACCGAGGUGGCCACCAACUUGGUGAUUCCCUGCAUUGGCAUCAAGAUCAACAGCUCUGCCUACCACAGUGCUUUCGAGAGCAAACUGGCCAGCGACGGGGCUCUGAGGGUCAACGAGUUCCUCCAGGUGGAGGGCUACAGCAACAUCUACGCCAUUGGCGACUGUGCCGACGUGAAGGAGCCCAAGAUGGCCUAUCACGCUGGCCUCCAUGCCAACGUCGCUGUGGCCAACAUUGUCAACUCUAUAAAGCAGAGGCCCCUUAAGAUCUACAAGCCAGGUGCACUGACAUUCCUCCUGUCCAUGGGCAGAAAUGACGGCGUGGGCCAGAUCAGUGGCUUCUAUGUGGGUCGGCUCAUGGUUCGGCUGGCCAAGAGCAGGGACCUGUUCAUCUCCACAAGCUGGAAAACCAUGAAGCAGUCUCCACCCUGACAGGGAGGCUGGGCAGGAGGUCUGGCACCGCUGCGCAUGGGUGAGGGACUUUGACAAAUGGACCCACCUGACCUGUGCCAAAGGGCAGAAGCGCAAAGCUGCUUUCUCUGGAGUGAGGUGUUGGCGAUGUCCUGUCUGGAAAUAUAACUUGUGUAAAUCCAAAAA